CUAAACGUGAUUCACGUGUUGUUAAUAUUUGUUCUAUAUUGGGUUUUGUCGCAUUAGCAAGUGGGUCUGCUUAUUGUGCAUCAAAGUACGCACUUGAAUCAUUUUCGGAUUGUUUACGUCGUGAAAUGGUUCCAUGGGGUUUACGUGUUAGUAUUAUUGAACCAGGAUUUAUGCAAACGCCUAUUAUCAAAGGAAGUGGUAAAUCAUUUGCAGAGUUUUGGAGUCAAUUGUCAAAUGAUGUUCAAGAACGAUGGGGGGAAGAUUCUCUUAAAAUCGUAUUUAAUAUCUUAAAACAAAACCCAUUCGUGAAAUAUGCCGAAGAUCCAAUGAAAGUUGUGCGAGUACUUCAACAUGCUGUUAUGAAUACAGUUCCUCAUAUUCGUUAUCGACCUGGUUGGCAAUCAAGUCUUGUUUUCUUUCCAAUUUCUAGAUCACCUGCUUGGAUUGCUGAUUGGCUUUUGAGUAAAUUAGAUAAAUCAAUUGUUGUUCCUGCCGGUGUUUCUCAACAACUUAAAGACUAA